AUGUGCUGGAAAGUCAAUAUCGAAUUUUACUGCAGCAACGAGCUACUGCAUGGUUACCGGCGGGUUGUUGCUUCCGGUGAGUUCCUGAACCCAAAAGAACAAUUGGUAAGGCACGCGUUGUACGAGUUAUGUCCCGAGCGCCACGGGAAAUAUCCGAACGAGACUGGCGAGCAAUAUCUCAAUGCGGCCAAAGCUUGCACAUUAGGCCAGGGAGACGCGAGCAGAAAGUUCAACAAAGCUUACGAGUUCUAUGAGUUUUGCAACAGUUGCCACAGAAGCUGGGCUGCGGAUCCAGGGAACCCAAACAACGGCCUGGGCGACAAGAAGCAUGACCCCAGUGCCACGCGGUCACGAAUCAAAAAGAAUUACGAAAGAAGAAUCGAACACCGCCGUUCCAUGCUUCAUCAAAGGAUGUGUACACCCGGCAACUCUGAGAAAAUAUGGUCUUUGCAAGAGUAUCUCCGACAAUCGAUAUCCUCCGUUUCACUGAGGAAUAUAUAUCUAUGGGAUGACCACGGGGCAUUGCUACUAAAAUUAAGACAAGCAGCGUUAGAUGAUAGCCAACGCAAAGAGAGACUAGUAACUAUUGCACGCUUGAGUAUAGAGAUUUUAAAACAACAGGAGGCUGAGGAGAGGAAAGAGGAAGCAGCAAAGGAGAAAGCUCAGAACCCAUCUCUCGGGGCUCUGAGCGAGCUGCAACUGGGCGAUAUAUCCAUCCCAGCGCAGCGUGUUAAUGUCAAGAAGGAUCCAACCCCAUAUCCGUAUGCCCUAGCCAAUCCACCUUAGGGACUAUGAUUCCGCUUGAUAGCACUACAGCAGGAUUGAACAGGUAAUGCCACUGAGUCUUAGAUAUUCACUUUCAUUUUAUUUCUAAUUAUUGCUGAGUCCGAUGGUGUAUUAUGUUGGGAAUGGUCAACAAUUCUGCCGAGGCAGAUGAAAAUGGUGGUU